ACGUCUCCGAAUGUUGUUGUUGGUGGCGGCGGCGAGCGGAGCCGGAGGAGCCGCCGCAAAGAUGGAGGAGCCGUCGAGGAGGCGCUGCCGCCGCUGCCGUCGCCGCUGCUGCCGCCGCCGCCCGCGAAGCCGGAGCUCGAGCCGCAGCGGGGAUGCCGUUCUGAGUGCCUGACUGCCUCGCCCCGAAGGAUGGCCUCGGAUGGGCAUUAGAGGCACGGCGGCCCCGGGCUCCCGUCCCGUCCGUCUGUCUGUUAUCGUCUGUCUCUCUUGACAUCACCGCAGCUCCACCCCCUCCCGUCCCAGCCCCCAACGCCAGCUUCCUGCGGGCCCAGAGCCGGCAUGAACUCUCCCAACGAGUCGGAUGGGAUGUCAGGCCGGGAACCAUCCUUGGAAAUCCUGCCUCGGACUUCUGUGCACCGCAUCCCUGUGACAGUGGAGGUGAAGCCGGUGCUGCCAGGAGCCAUGCCCAGCUCCAUGGGGGGUGGGGGUGGAGGCAGCCCCAGCCCUGUGGAGCUACGGGGGGCUCUGGUGGGCUCUGUGGACCCCACACUGCGGGAGCAGCAACUGCAGCAGGAGCUACUGGCGCUCAAGCAGCAGCAGCAGCUGCAGAAGCAGCUCCUGUUCGCUGAGUUCCAGAAACAGCAUGACCACCUGACAAGGCAGCAUGAGGUCCAGCUGCAGAAGCACCUCAAGCAGCAGCAGGAGAUGCUGGCAGCCAAACAGCAGCAGGAGAUGCUGGCAGCCAAGCGGCAGCAGGAGCUGGAGCAGCAACGGCAGCGGGAGCAGCAGCGGCAGGAAGAGCUGGAGAAGCAGCGGCUGGAGCAGCAGCUGCUCAUCCUGCGGAACAAGGAGAAGAGCAAAGAGAGUGCCAUUGCCAGCACUGAGGUAAAGCUGAGGCUCCAGGAAUUCCUCUUGUCGAAGUCAAAGGAGCCCACACCAGGCGGCCUCAACCAUUCCCUCCCACAGCACCCCAAAUGCUGGGGAGCCCACCAUGCUUCUUUGGACCAGAGUUCCCCUCCCCAGAGCGGCCCCCCUGGGACGCCUCCCUCCUACAAACUGCCUUUGCCUGGGCCCUAUGACAGUCGAGACGACUUCCCCCUCCGCAAGACAGCCUCUGAACCCAACUUGAAAGUGCGUUCAAGGCUAAAACAGAAGGUGGCAGAGCGAAGAAGCAGUCCCCUCCUGCGUCGCAAGGAUGGGACUGUUAUUAGCACCUUUAAGAAGAGAGCUGUUGAGAUCACAGGUGCUGGGCCUGGGGCGUCGUCCGUGUGUAACAGCGCACCAGGCUCCGGCCCCAGCUCUCCCAACAGCUCCCACAGCACCAUCGCUGAGAAUGGCUUUACUGGCUCAGUCCCCAACAUCCCUACCGAGAUGCUCCCCCAGCACCGAGCCCUCCCUCUGGACAGCUCCCCCAACCAGUUCAGCCUCUACACAUCUCCCUCUCUGCCUAACAUCUCCCUAGGGCUGCAGGCCACGGUCACUGUCACCAACUCGCACCUCACCGCCUCCCCGAAGCUGUCGACGCAGCAGGAGGCCGAGAGGCAGGCCCUCCAGUCCCUGCGGCAGGGUGGCAUGCUGACCGGCAAGUUCAUGAGCACAUCCUCUAUCCCUGGCUGCCUGCUGGGUGUGGCACUGGAGGGCGACGGGAGCCCCCAUGGACAUGCCUCCCUGCUGCAGCACGUGCUACUGCUGGAGCAGGCCCGGCAGCAGAGCACCCUCAUUGCUGUGCCGCUCCACGGGCAGUCCCCACUAGUGACGGGUGAACGUGUGGCCACCAGCAUGCGGACAGUGGGCAAGCUCCCACGGCAUCGGCCCCUGAGCCGCACUCAGUCCUCACCGCUGCCGCAGAGUCCCCAGGCCCUGCAGCAGCUGGUCAUGCAACAACAGCACCAGCAGUUCCUGGAGAAGCAGAAGCAGCAGCAGCUGCAGCUGGGCAAGAUUCUCACCAAAACAGGGGAGCUGCCCAGGCAGCCCACCACCCACCCUGAGGAAACAGAGGAGGAGCUGACAGAGCAGCAGGAGGCCUUGCUGGGGGAGGGAGCCCUGACCAUGCCCCGGGAGGGCUCCACAGAGAGUGAGAGCACACAGGAAGACCUGGAGGAGGAGGAGGAGGAGGAAGAGGAUGGGGAGGAGGAGGAUUGCAUCCAGGUCAAGGACGAGGAGGGCGAGAGUGGUGCUGAGGAGGGGCCCAACUCGGAGGAGCCCAGUGCUGGUUACAAAAAGCUAUUUUCAGAUGCCCAGCAGCUGCAGCCACUGCAGGUGUACCAGGCGCCCCUCAGCCUGGCCACUGUGCCUCACCAGGCCCUGGGCCGCACCCAGUCCUCCCCUGCUGCCCCUGGGGGCAUGAAGAGCCCUCCAGACCAGCCCGUGAAACACCUCUUCACCACAGGUGUGGUCUACGACACGUUCAUGCUAAAGCACCAGUGCAUGUGCGGAAACACACAUGUGCACCCUGAACAUGCUGGCCGGAUCCAGAGCAUCUGGUCCCGGCUGCAGGAGACAGGCCUGCUUAGCAAGUGCGAGCGGAUACGGGGUCGCAAAGCCACGUUAGACGAGAUCCAGGCAGUGCACUCUGAAUACCACACCCUGCUCUACGGCACCAGCCCCCUCAACCGGCAGAAGUUGGACAGCAAGAAGUUGCUCGGUGAGCUGGCAUGCGGGCGGGCAGGGCAUGUCCAGUGCCAGGGUGAGAUGGGGACUGUCAGGAGGACUGCCGAGCCAGGCCUUUUCUCCCCCGCCUACCUCAGGGGAUUCUGCUUUUUCAACUCCGUAGCCAUCACAGCGAAACUCCUACAACAGAAGUUGAACGUGGGCAAGGUCCUCAUCGUGGACUGGGACAUUCACCAUGGCAAUGGCACCCAGCAGGCAUUCUACAACGACCCCUCUGUGCUCUACAUCUCUCUGCAUCGCUAUGACAACGGGAACUUCUUUCCAGGCUCUGGGGCUCCUGAAGAGGUUGGUGGAGGGCCAGGCGUGGGGUACAAUGUGAAUGUGGCAUGGACAGGAGGUGUGGACCCCCCCAUUGGAGAUGUGGAAUACCUUACAGCCUUCAGGACAGUAGUGAUGCCCAUUGCCCAUGAGUUCUCACCUGACGUGGUCCUAGUCUCUGCCGGGUUUGAUGCUGUUGAAGGACAUCUGUCUCCACUGGGUGGCUACUCUGUCACCGCCAGAUGUUUUGGCCACUUGACCAGGCAGCUGAUGACCCUGGCAGAGGGCCGGGUGGUGCUGGCCCUGGAGGGAGGCCACGACUUGACCGCCAUCUGUGAUGCCUCUGAGGCUUGUGUCUCGGCUCUGCUCAGUGUAGAGCUGCAGCCCUUGGACGAGGCAGUCUUGCAGCAAAAGCCCAACAUCAAUGCAGUGGCCACACUAGAGAAAGUCAUCGAGAUCCAGAGCAAACACUGGAGCUGUGUGCAGAAGUUCGCCGCUGGUCUGGGCCGUUCCCUGCGGGAAGCCCAGGCAGGUGAGACCGAGGAGGCUGAGACUGUGAGCGCCAUGGCCUUGCUGUCGGUGGGGGCUGAGCAGGUCCAGGCUGCGGCAGCCCGGGAGCACAGCCCCAGGCCGGCAGAGGAGCCCAUGGAGCAGGAGCCUGCCCUGUGACACCCUGGCCCCCGUCCCACUGGGCUUUACCAUUGUGAUUUUGUUUAUUUUUUCUAUUAAAAACAAAAAGUCACACAUUCAACAAGGUGUGCCGUGUGGGUCUCUCAGCCUUGCCCCUCCUGCUCCUCCACGCUGCCUCAGGCCCCCAGCCCUGUGGCCUCCACCUCAGCUCUAGAAGCCUGCUCCCUUUGCAGGGGGUGGGGGGUGUCUUCCCAGCCCUGACCCAGGUGUCCCUCCACCCAUUUCCCUGCAUUCUGUCCUUUUCCCCCUUGGAGCCUGGGCCAGCUCAAGGUGGACACGGGACCCAGACAGUACCCUCCAGUUCUGGAGCCCCCCCUGAGUGAGGAGGGAACAGGAAGUCGGUGCCUUGGUUUCAGCUGACUUGGGGGGGGGGAAAUGCCUUAAUUUCACCCUCCUCCCUUCUCCAGCCUCAGGGGGCGGAUCUGGAGGGUCCACUACUAAGAUGCAGAGUGGAAGGGAGGUGGGCACCCACCCUGCGAUUCUCCACCUUUUCCCCUUCUUUCAUCCUGUCCAUCUCUGCACAGACACCUUUCUUCCUCCUCCUUGGUCUCAGCACUGAUGGGAGGCUGGUGCCAAGCCAUGGCUGUGGUCUGUGAGCAGGGCUGUCUUGCCUCAUACUCUUCUGGGCCUGCUUCCCCUUCCCCGGGCCGAGAAGAUGAAAAGUGUGUGGGGGAAGGAGACGACUGGUUUCCUGGGUUCUCAGGGGCCAGGAGGAGCUGCAGAACCAGGCCUCCUCCCCACCUUACUUGGAUGGCCUCCCUGUCCCUCUGCUGGCACAGCCUGGGCAGGGGGAGAAGGUGGUCCCUGCAGGGGGGCUUCAGGCUGGUGAGAGCCCCCCUGCUGUCAGGACUAGCUCUCCCUAGCCAUCCAGCAUGCUGCAGGGAGAAGGGGCAGGGGCUCACUCCCUCCUGGGGCCUUUUGCUUUGGAGCCUAGGGAUGGUGAGAGUGGGGAUUCUAGAAGGGGUAAGGUCAGAACCCAGGGAUCCAGGAGUUCGUCCUCCGCUGGACCUUCCAUACCUCUUGGGCUCCCUUUGCUGGCCCCAAGCCCAAGGGAGCUAAGACCAGGAGGGGGCUGGGUGCUGCCCCUUCUCUUUCCCAGGAGCCCUGCGAGGGGCUGUGGGCCCACAAGGCUUCCAGGGAAUGUUGUCCAGCCUGUAGGAAACCAAAGAUGGGAAGUGGCUCCUAGGGGGCUGACUCUUCCUCCCUCUUCCUCCCCAGUAGCACAUAUACUUUCUCUCCUCCCAUCCCCAGGGCCCCACCAAUCUGUUUACAUAUUUAUUAUCCUAUUAGGGGCCUGAGCAGGGUUGAAGGAGCCAGGGGAGGAGCAGGAGCCCCAGCACCAUCGAUUUAUUGGUUCGUUGUUCGCUAUGUGUUGUAUGUUUUAGAUCCUCCUGGGGGAUGGGGAUGGGGCUAGGCCCAGUGUACCAGGCCUCUCUACUGAGCCCCAGGCUCCAGGCCCCUUGCCCACCCUCUCCCUGUGGCUGGUCCGGUUCUCAUGUAAACCCACUCCUUGCUUUGUCUCCCUGGAUAUGGAUUUCAGUUAAGGAUUUUGUAACCCGUUACACUGUGUCCUUGUGUAAAUAAACUUGUUUCUGGCAGUGCC